AUGGCAACACCACCGCCUCGGACGGCUGGGCGGCCGAGUUGGCCUCGCUUGUUUCGCGGCCUCAGCCUUGGCCUGGUGAUCUGUGCUGCGUUGCCUUGGAGCUUUGUCGGACCAUUCGGAAAUUCCUAUUGGGAUUGUCUUCAAAAGAAGGCCGAACAUUGGACUGAACAUUGGGCUUUGGUGGAAAUCUCCGAGGCGUCGUUCUCAACCCGUGAGAAUCCGGAAAGAAGACAGAAGGAGGCACAGCAGCUGCUGGAGGAUCUCGAUAUCCUGGACGUUGUCCGCUCCGCUGGUGUGGAGGCGGGCGCCGUACGGGGUCUGCAGGCGCUGCGAGCUGCGGUGCAGACAGCGGUGGAAGCAGCAAGGGAUGGUGAACUGCAGGAGGCUUUGGAGACGAUCCAGCGAUUGCAGGAUGCUUUUGAGGUGCCACUCCAUCUGACCGAUGACGGCCUUUCGAUCUACCUCAUGGUGCCGGAGUUAUGUGACGGCAAGGUGGAUGACGCCCCACUGGCUCGGCUUUUGCGGAAGCUUUUUCAAAAGCUGGGCAGUACCUAUGUGACGAAGCUGGGGCAGUUCAUCGCCUCGUCACCUACCUUAUUCCCGGCGGCCUAUGUCCGGGAGUUCCAGCAAUGCUUGGACCGGACAGAGCCCACCAGCUUCCGGGCCAUCCAGCGGACUGUGGAGAAGGAUUUGGGCCGUCCCAUCUCCGAGAUCUUCCAAUCUUUCGAGGAGGAGCCCUUGGCAUCGGCCUCAGUGGCGCAGGUGCACCAAGCCGUCCUGAAGACUGGAGAACGUGUGGCGGUGAAGGUACAGAAACCUGGAGUAGAUCGAGUGCUCAAGGCAGACUUGGGUUUUCUUUUCAUCGCUGCACGCACCUUAGAGUUUCUUAGUCCAGAGCUUGCUCGAAGUUCCCUGGUGGACAUCGUCUCUGAGAUUCGCACCUCCAUGCUGGAUGAGUUGGACUUCACCAAGGAGCUCGACAAUGUGGAGACCUUUCGACGCUUCUUGCGGCAGAAUGGUUUGGAGGACAUCGCAGCAGCUCCAAGAACCUUCCCAGAGGCUUCUUCUAGCAAGGUCCUGACGAUGGAGUUAUUCACGGGUGUCCCUCUCACCGAUCUUGAAGGUAUCAGCCAGAACAGCCGAAAUCCAGAGCAAACCCUGAUCAACGCCUUGAAUGUUUGGUCUAUGUCUGUCCGUGGGUGCGAGAUCUUCCAUGCGGAUGUCCAUGCUGGAAACCUCCUGGUCUUGCAAGAUGGUCGUGUGGGCUUUAUCGACUUUGGCAUCGUUGGUCGCAUCCCACCAGAGAUUUGGUCUGCAGUAGAGGGCCUAGUGGUGGCCUUCGCCCGCAACGACGCCACUGGUAUGGCACGGAAUUUAAUUGCCAUGGGAGCCACUGAAGCGACAGUGGAUGAGGUCUCCUUGGCUCAAGACGUGGCCUCUGUCCUGGGACGCAUCGCUGGUUUGGAACCGGAGGUGGUGCUUCGAGGCAAAGGUGAUGGCCGUGUCGUGGCCGAAGUGGCGUUGGACAAUGACCAGGUCACAGAGCUACUGCUGGAGGUGGUCCGCGUGGCUGACUCCAACGGUCUGAAGCUGCCCAGGGAGUUUGCCCUGCUGGUGAAACAGGCCCUCUACUUUGAUCGCUACACCAAGUUGUUAGCACCAGAUUUGGAUCCUCUACGGGAUGAGCGUGUCUCACUUGGCAAUGUCAUUGACGUAUGA